ACGUUUUUCCCAAGCUCGUAUCUGUUUUCUUGCUUUUGUUUAUGAGCCGCACGCUGCAUUAUCAACUUCCAAAAUCAAAUCUCUGGUUUCAUCUCUGCUGCAAUCUGAGCGAGAAUCUGGACCUCAAUCUGCCCUGUUCACUCCCUUUCAAUGGGCCCAUUUGAACAUACUCAGGGCCAGUUAUUGUAUGGUUUCUUCCACACACAUUUUCCUCUGCUGUCUUCUUUAAAUCCCAUUUCGUCGAUUGGGUUUUUUUUUAAAUCCCAUUCCUCAACCAGCUCCUCUUGAAAUCCCGUUUCUCCGACUGGUUUUUCUUCCGUCUCCAUUUCCCACAACUGGGUCUUCUUGAAAUCCCAUUUCCUCAACUGGGUUUUCUUGAAAUCUCUUCCAGUAAUACCAUUUCCUCAGCUGGGUCUUCUUCAUCUCGUUUCUCUUCAAACUUUAAUAACUUUCUAAUUCUCAGAGUCUUGUAGACAAACAUAAAGAUGGCUUCUUCUCUUGGGUCUCUUUCUUUUUUCAUCGGAACAGUGAUGGAGAAUUCUGUUCUUCUUUCUAACAGAAGCGGUCAUCAGCGUAGAUACGCUAUCAAUGCAUUCCAUGGGAAAAGUUCUCUUGAUUCUGGUGUAAGUAGUUGCAAAUUCGGGUUUCAGAAGUUAGCAGACCGUGAAAAUUUCGCAGGUAUUUCUUCAAACGGCAGAAAUACGAUAGACCAACAUCGUAGAAGAAAGUUUGGGUGGAGAAAGGGCCUAAGAGCAACAGAUAAAAAUGCUGUCAAGGGAGGGAACGAGGACAGUGAUGACGAUGUACCAGACUCACUUCAGGAAACGAUCGAGAAGACUAAGAAGGUCCUAGCUUUGCAAAAGGACUUACUUCAACAGAUAGCGGAAAGGAGAAAACUCGUGUCAUCUAUAAAGAAUAGUAUUGUUAACACAGAAGAGGAUGCAGUUUUUGAUAGAGAAAGUGAUAAUUCUUUCUCAAAUAUGGAUCUACCUUCUGCAUCUGGAGAGCUCAAUGGAAAAUUUAGAGGUGAGAUGCUUCCUGACAGUUAUGCCCUCUCAACUACAGUUGAGACAUUGGAAACCCUGUCCCUUGAUGCCGGUGGAGAUUUUGAAGCCGAAAAGAAGGAAUCAUGGGAGAAGAACUCGUUUGAAGAAGCUUACUCCACUAUAGAUUCUUUCAAUGACUUCAAAGAAACAGCUCAGUCAACAAUAAUGCCAUCUUUGCUCCCAGAAGCCUCUGAAACUCACCAUUUUAGAGAUGAAAUGUUCAAAGAGUUGGCAGAAGCAAAUGUAGAGGGUGAGAGUGGUGAACUUACUGCGGAUCCUACGGAAGAAGACUUAAAACCCCCUCCUUUGGCUGGGGCAAAUGUCAUGAACGUCAUAGUUGUUGCUGCAGAAUGUGCUCCUUGGUCCAAAACAGGUGGACUUGGAGAUGUUGCUGGGGCUUUACCAAAGGCUUUGGCUAGGCGUGGGCAUAGGGUUAUGGUCGUUGCACCACGGUAUAGUGACUAUCGUGAAGCCCAACCAACAGGAGUAAGCAAGACGUACAACGUGAAUGGUGAGAAUGUGGAUAUCACCUAUUUUCAAGCCUACAUUGAUGGCGUGGAUUUUGUUUUUAUAGAUAGUCCUAUGUUUCGCCAUCAUGAAAAGAAUAUAUAUGGUGGAGAUAGAUUGGAGAUAUUGAAGCGCAUGGUUUUGUUCUGCAAGGCAGCUGUUGAGGUCGUCUGGCAUGUUCCAUGUGGUGGCGUCUGCUAUGGAGAUGGGAAUCUGGUUUUUGUUGCAAAUGAUUGGCACACCGCAUUGUUACCAGUUUAUCUCAAGGCAUACUAUCGUGACCAGGGCUUGAUGAAAUACGCCCGGUCCGUUUUUGUAAUCCACAACGUAGCACACCAGGGUCGUGGUCCGGUGGACGAUUUCAGUUAUGUGGACUUGCCAGAUCACUACAGGGACCUUUUCACAUUGUAUGAUCCGAUUGGUGGCGGCCACUUCAAUAUUUUCGCGGCCGGCUUAAAAGCCGCAGAUCGAAUUGUUACGGUCAGCCAUGGUUAUGCCUGGGAGCUGAAAACAUCAGAAGGCGGCUGGGGUCUGCAUGAGAUCAUAAAUGAGAAUAGUUGGAAGCUGAAGGGUAUUGUGAAUGGAAUCGACCCAAAAGAAUGGAAUCCAGAAUUGGACAUCCACCUAAAAUCUGAUGGCUACACCAAUUACUCUCUAGAGACCCUUCAAACAGGCAAAGGCCAAUGCAAGGCAGCCCUCCAGAAAGAGCUCGGCCUGCCUGUCCGGAGUGACAUCCCUCUGAUUGGUUUUAUUGGAAGGCUGGACGACCAGAAAGGUGUCGACCUUAUCGCCGAGGCCAUGCCGUGGUUAAUAGGCCAGGAUGUUCAGCUGGUAAUGUUGGGAACUGGGAGACCAGAUCUUGAAGAAAUGCUCAGGAGAUUUGAGAAUCAAAACCACGACAAGGUCAGGGGAUGGGUCGGUUUCUCAGUGAAAAUGGCGCAUAGGAUAACCGCAGGUGCAGACAUUCUACUGAUGCCGUCGAGGUUUGAGCCAUGUGGUCUGAACCAACUCUACGCAAUGAGUUACGGAACCGUUCCGGUUGUUCAUGCCGUUGGUGGACUGAGAGACACUGUGCAGCAGUUCGACCCAUACAAAGAGUCUGGGUUCGGAUGGACAUUCGACAGGGCGGAUUCAAGUAGGCUUAUACAUGCUCUUGGGAACUGUUUGUACACACAUAGGGAUUUCAAGAGCAGUUGGGAGGGUAUCCAGAGACGCGGUAUGAUGCAAGACCUGAGCUGGGACAAUGCUGCUCAGAACUACGAAGAAGUCUUUGUCACUGCCAAGUACCAGUGGUGAUCUUUGGAAUGUGAGAGAUGGAUGGGCUGUUUCUGUUUUCAGGAAAUUUGGUUUCCGCCAUUUCACCAGGCAACUGGCUACAAACAAAGCUUCAAAUGUCUGAGUGAGUGUGUCAGUGUAAUAAUAUUUUAGCUGCUUCCCUGUAUCUUGUGAGUUUUGUUUUUGUUUUUUUCUUUUUCUUCUUUCUCCAAUCUUUCUAUGCUUCUGUAUGUAGGUUUAUAAAGGAAAUGUUUCUCAAUUCCAAAACAGAGUUAUUCAUCUGUUCUUUAGAAUGGUCCUUGGUUUUAAAUAUACUGGUUGAGCUUUCUUUCA